CGGCUGCCGCCAACUGCGGCCAGAACAAACUGAUGGACGAAUUAAGGCCGAACCUCGGCUUGCUCGGUGUCGGCCUCGUUGAGAACGAGACUUUCCACUUGAACCAAGAGAAGAGAAAGUGCAGCAGCACGAGUUCGAACGAGCAAGAUUUCAGUCUUUACGGGGUACACCAAGGCCUUGAGGCUAGCCCGCCGACACCGGCCGCGACGCCGGGAAGGAGCAGUGUUGGGGCUACUUCCACCGUUGGCGCGGAAGGAGCGUUUAAGAAAUUAAAACCUGACCCCUGUGCUUCGAGUCCUCACAUAGGUCAUACGCCAACCACCGCCAGUUGUCCAACACCUGCUCGACGACGACACAGGACUACAUUUACGCAGGAGCAGCUGGCAGAAUUGGAAUCGGCAUUCGCAAAAUCUCAUUAUCCAGACAUAUACUGCAGGGAGGAAUUGGCAAGGUCCACCAAAUUGAACGAAGCUAGAAUUCAGGUCUGGUUUCAAAAUAGAAGAGCAAAAUAUCGGAAGCAAGAAAAACAACUUCAGAAGGCUUUGACUCCAAUUCCUGCUUGUCAAGGUGCUAUGAUGAGGAAUAUAUAUCCUGGUGCUAGCAGAGGUUAUCAACCGUAUCCUCAUCCUCAUAAUAGCAUAAAUGGAAUAAAUCGUUAUCCUCAGAUGGGCACGACGUCCUAUCCAAGUAUGACCCAGCCAUUUUCUAUGUCACAUUCAGCGUCAAAUAUGUCUGCAGUUACUGGUAUGAGACAAGAUGCAAUGGGAAUGUCAGCUGAAGAUGAAUGGUACAACAAAAGUAUUUCCGCUCUGAGAAUGAAUACGGCACAUCAUCCUAACCUCGCUGCACCAAUGCUACAAUAUCAAACAUAAUUGUAAACAUAUACGAAUGGAUGAUUCGACGAAAUCGUUAUGAAAUAUCUUCAUUCAGACAAUUAAAAACGUGUUGUCAAGAGAAGAAGAGGAAAAAGUUGUUUCAAAAAUACUAUGAAGCAUUAAAUUAAGAAAAAAAAAGUGAAACGAAAUCAAAUUAAAUCAUGUGACAUUUUACACAA